AAAUCUGAAAUUGGAUUAAAACAACUAUUUCCCAAAAUUUAGUUAAGCACCCAAUUCAAUUAGAUUUAAAAGCAAAAUUUGUUUUAGUGAAAGCUUGGCAAAGGUUUCCUGUAAUUUAAAAUAGGCAGAUUACGUAGAGUAUGAAGCAAAUAAUUCAUUUAAUCAGGGAAAUGUGGACAAGACAAAGUAUGAAUUAAAUACGUACGUAUAUAUAGUAGCUAGCCACCUUUAUUAGCGGGCCAGGGCGUCACGUAAGCCGCGCAUUUGAAAACGCGCCGAGUCACUCGCAAACCUGCUCCGCUGACCCUCAAAGAAGGUCGCCGGCUGAUGAUGAGCCAGUUUAUGUGCGAUAUCCAAGUGGCCGGGUUUAUGGGGCUGUCAACCAUAAAAGCCACUCUGACGGAAACUCCACUUAGUAAACCCAAAAAGCAGUGCACUUUGACCCCCGGACGCAAUGAGCGGCGGCAACAGAAGCGGGCCAACUGAAGUGGUGCUUGUAACCGGCGGCAGUGGAUUUCUGGGCCAGCACCUCAUCAAGCAGUUGCUGGAGCGGAAGCAGGAGCUGGGCAUCAAAGAGAUCCGCUCGCUGGACAUAGUGCCCUACCGGAACAACAUUGGGCAUGAGGAGACGACCCUGUUGCGCACCUUUGUGGCCGAUAUCGCAGGCGAUCGGGAGCCCCUCGAUCCAAUCUUCGCCGGGGUGGACGGCGUCUUCCACUGCGCCGCCUCGGUGAAAAUCGAGUACCCGCCCAACUAUGACGAACUGGAGCGCGUGAAUGUGAAAGGCACUCUUGCUGUGGUGGAUUUGUGCAUUCAGAACAAUGUAAAGCGUCUGGUCUACACUAGCUGUACAUCCGUGUGUUUUGUGCCCUUUAAGGGGCAAAGUACCUUCUCGGCGGUAAUUAACUCGACGGAAUCAAAGACAGACACUCCCACGCUGGACAGUUCCACUCUCUGGGAGCAGGACAAUAAGUUCCUGAUACAAGGAUACGCCUCCAGCAAACUGAGAGCGGAAAACAUAGUGCUAAACUCAAAUGGAGCACCUCUGCAAAACCAGCAAGAAUACCUGGCCACCAGCGCCAUUCGUGCCCCACUGACCUACGGCGAGUGUGAUUCGCACUUCAUCACGGAGGUCUUUGAAUAUCUUUCCACCCGGGGAUGGGUGUUUCCAAGGAUCGCAGGGGUUGGCGGCAAGCAGCAGUUGGUCUACGCCGGCAACGUGGCCUGGGGACAUAUCUGCGCCUAUAAGGCCCUCAAAGUGUCCGACCGGGCGGUGAACGGACUUCCCGUCUUCGUCACCGACGACACGGGCAUCAACGAUGUGUCCCGAUUCGUCCAGAAGAUGGCCGUGCUGGGCGAGCGGUUCAGGGUAAGGACCAGCUGGUGGUACGUGCCCCACUUCCUGUUCUUCUUCCUGGCCUUCCUGCUGGAGGCGGUGGUGCGGGUGGCAUAUCCCUACACAAAGUACCGCCUGCGCUACUCCCUGCGCGCCCUCGCCUCCUACACGUCCUCGAUGCUGAUGUACAACCGGCUGCGCGCCUCCAUCCACAUGGACUACAUGCCGCUCUACGAUCCGGACGAGAGUGCAGAGCGGAGUGCCAAGUGGUAUGCCCGCUGGUGGGACGAACGGCAGCAGGCCAAGAAGCUCAAGAAGUCGAAGUCCAGCUGAGCGGCUAUCUUGCCGUAUUGAGAUAGUGUUAAAUCCCGAUGUCGUGCGUGGACUUUUCCUGCCCUCACUUGAUGUCCUGUAA